AUGGAUCUAGACCCCCUCGAUCAGCCUUGGGUUACUGUUACUGUGCUUUAUUACGCCUUCCCAACCCUGGUCUUUUUCUACUUUGCCAUUUCCCAAGUGGUUACGGUCUGCACAUUACAGACACAGUCACUUCGAGUCCAGCAUCAGCGCGUUCGUCGUGAUGUUAUCCUUGCGCUGGUUUUAGUUGCUGCUGGAGCAUACAUUGCUGAAACGAUAGCCGUCGCGAUCAAGUUUAACAGGGUAUCUGAGUGGCAUCCAGGACAGGAUCGAGUGUUCUAUCUUAUGGCAUCUGCUCUCGUCUUCGGAGUUGAGGCCCUUGCCCUUAUAGAGACCAAGUAUCCCGUAUGGUAUCCGUAUUACGGUACUUGGUUGAUUGCAAUAGUGGUGGAACUCGCUUUGCUCAUUCUACCAAACGUAUUUCGAUAUCCGGAGUCCUUAUACGAUUUCGUUUUUGUUACUAUCCGAGCCUUGAGAGCAUCUGCUUUCAUCGCCCUCAGCUCUCUGUAUUUUGGACUGCGUAAUGAUAAGAAGCAAUAUGAUAAUAGCGACGCCGAACGGCAAUCACUUCUCAGCAAAACACCGAAAGUAUCCAGUUCUGAAGACACGGUAAGCGGCAGCAAUGGAUAUGGCACGACCACGGCUAUAGACACCCAGACAUCGGACGCAGCAGAUGAAAGUGACGCGGGAUCUGAAGACUCAUGGCUCGAAGAGCAGCGAAAGGUCAAAGAAUUAAUUUCAAAGCGCUUGAACCAGGAUGGCAAUUGGUUCACGUAUGCGAAAGGCUUUUCUAUAUUCUUCCCAUAUGUAUGGCCUACACGUAGCAAGGCUCUUCAGUUCAGGGCUGUCCUAGUUGCCGCGUGUCUGCUGAUAUCGAAUGCUUUGAAUGUUCUGGUACCCCGACAGAUGGGUGUGAUGGUUGAUAACCUGUCGGGGUACAUCAAAGGAGAUGGCACUCGUAACAUUUGGCUUCCGGGCCUUAUAUACGCUGUACUUCUCUUCAUCAACGGCGGUGCAGGCAUUGACUGGGUCCGGAAAUGGCUUUGGCUGCCUUUAGAACAAUACUCAUACGCCGCAAUCAGCACAGCCUCUCAAGCCCACAUGAUGAGUCUAUCAUCCGACUUCCAUGAUAGCAAGACCACUUCAGACCUUAUGCAGGCGAUAACUGGAGGCAGAUCCGUCACAGAUUUACUAGAAACGAUCUGUUUCCAGGUUGUGCCGAUGUUUAUCGACUUGGCUAUAGCUUUCGCCUAUCUCUGGUCUCUUUUUGGGCCUUUUAUGGGUUUAAUCUUGGCAGCAACAUUCGUUUCGUACCUAUAUAUUACGACAAAGCUGGUAGCCAUGAGAGCUGAAAACAGACGUCAAUAUGUCGCAGGGUUUCGGAAGGAGUGGACAAUAGGGCAUCAAUCACUCGAGGGUUGGAACACUGCUAGUUUGUUCAACAUGAUCCCCUAUGAGCGGCAUAAAUAUGAACGUGCUGUCAAAGAUCACAUGGAGGCUAAGCGCAUCUACGAACUAUCUUCGCAGUCCAUGAGUGCAGCUCAAGGGUUAGUGAUGACUUGUGGCUUAUUGGGAGCUCUCUAUCUUGCUGUGUUCCAAGUGGCCAAGGAGGGAAAGUCCAUUGGCCAAUUGACCACGUUUCUGGUAUAUUGGGGAGCAUUACAAGGUCCUUUGACGUUCUUCAGUGGCGUCUAUAGAAAUAUAUCCUAUAGUCUGAUGGAUGCCGAACGUCUUCUGGAACUUUUUCAGACGAAGCCCACUAUCACUGACCUUCCGCAUGCAAAACCAUUGAAGCUGAUCAAGGGAAAUGUCAAGUUUGACCGUGUUUCUUUUGCCUACGAUGAGCGGAAUCCGACUCUAAAGAAUGUCAACUUUGUUGUUCCGUCUGGGAAGACAGUCGCCCUUGUGGGAGAGACGGGGGGCGGCAAAUCAACCAUUCUCAAGUUGAUUGGCCGUUUCUACGACGUCAAAAGCGGAAGCAUUUCAAUUGAUGGACAGGAUAUUCGCGAUGUCACCCUUGACAGUCUUCGCGAGAAAAUAGGCGUUGUGCCUCAAGAUCCAGUACUCUUUAACGACACCAUCAUGAGUAACGUCCGCUAUGCAAGACUAACCGCGAAUGAUGAGGAAGUUUAUGAUGCCUGCAGAGCAGCUGCUAUUCACGAUAAAAUUUUGUCCUUUCCAGAUGGAUAUGACUCCAAAGUGGGUGAUCGGGGAGUGAAAUUAUCUGGAGGCGAAAAGCAACGCAUCGCAAUUGCUCGUGCCAUCUUAAAACAGCCAGAGAUUAUCCUCUUAGAUGAGGCUACCAGCGCAGUUGAUACAGAAACAGAGUAUCUUAUCCAGGAAGGCUUCAAGGCUUUGUGUAAGGAUCGAACCACCUUCGUUGUGGCGCAUCGGUUGUCAACCGUCAUGCGGGCUCACCGAAUCCUGGUCGUACUUAAUGGCGAAAUUGUUGAAGAGGGCUCUCAUGAUGAGCUCAUCCGUGCCAGAGGCAAAUACCACAACCUCUGGUCAAAGCAAACCUUUGUUAAGUCUGAAGAUGAGCAGUGCAGGUCCCGAAGCCCGCAGAUGCGCAGUGCCAACCUUAUCGAUGAUGUUGAUCGUGAUCGCGGCACCACUACAAUGACUAAAGCCCUAAAUAUAGAGGAAAACUACGAUCCUACGCAAUCUGGAGUUGGAAAGAAGCCUGUCGAAGGGCAGGAAGUUGAUAGUGGUCAAAGUCACAAACGUGAGGUGAGUGGUGGGCCAGAAUAA